CUUCCAGGCGGUGAUCGAGAGCGCCCCGAAGACUAAUGCAGAAAAUCAAUAAGAACGUGGUCCUGGCGCUCCUUUCUCUGACAAGCCUGGUUUUCCUCCUCUUCCAGUUGUACUAUUACAAGUUCUACCUAUCGCAGAAGAAUGGAGCAGUUUUUUCAAAAGUCAGAGGAAGCCAGUCAGGCCAAGACAGCACUAGAUGGCAUGUGGUUAGGAAGUUCCUAGGCUUAAUAUCCAGUCACAAUAUACCAGUAUAUUUGAUCGAUCCUUUGAUUCUGGGACUGGUUGAUAAAGACAUUGAACAGAUCAGAAGUUCUCCUGAUGGUCCUACUCCAGAAUGCAAGUACUUUUGUGCUCCAAGAGACUUUACUACAUUUGCAUUACUGGACAAAACAUGGAAACAUGAAGUGGGCCUUUUUAGAACUGCUGAGAAAAUGGGGUUCCAAUGGCUAAAGAUUAUAAACAAAGACCCUCGCUUGGACGGGAUGGAUGACCUGUCUGGGAUUGAAAUUCCCUUGCACUACAUAUUUAAACUGGCAUCUCAUGCCAUUCACCUGGUGGUCUUCUAUGAGAGGAGCGGUAAUUAUCUGUGGCAUGGCCCCCUGAGGCUCAAGCAACAUAUGGACAGAAAGUUUGUGCCUUUCCGGAAACUCCACUUCGGUCGCUACCCUGGAGCAUAUGAAAAGCCAGAACUUCUGCUUGUUUCCAUUGAUGACUUAAAAGUUCAAAUUCCAAAAAAUCCAUCCAGUUUUCUGGAGGAGAUGUCACACUCUAGAUUUCUUGAAUGUAGGUACAGAGAAGCUCGGGCUUUCUUUCAGCUGUAUCCUGAUGAUGCCUCUCUUGAUGCAGUGGAGUUCAGAAAAAAAGCAAAAUCCUUGCUCCAUCUGGCUGCCCUGACACUGAAUAACUUAGGAGUAAAGUUCUGGCUGAGCAGUGGAACAUGCCUUGGCUGGUAUAGACAGUGCAAUGUCAUUCCUCACAGCAAAGAUGUGGAUUUGGGAGUCUUUAUAAAGGACUACAAAGCAGAUAUCAUUCCAGCCUUUCAGAAAGCAGGGUUACCGUUGAAGCACAAAUUUGGCAAGGUAGAAGACAGCUUGGAACUCUCUUUCCAGGGAGAAGAUGAUGUGAAACUUGAUAUUUUUUUCUUCUAUGAAGAGGAUGACCACAUAUGGAAUGGAGGAACUCAGGCCAAAUCGGGCAAGAAAUUUAAGUAUCUCUUUCCAAAGUUCACUCUGUGUUGGACUGAAUUUGUAGAACUCAAGGUACACGUGCCCUGUGAAACCCGUCAGUAUGUUGAAGCCAACUAUGGCCCAGACUGGAAGGUUCCUGUGAAGAUGUGGGACUGGAAGAGCUCACCAUCCAACGUGCAGUACAAUGGCGUCUGGCCUGUCAACGAAUGGGACGAUGUCAUUCAGAUCUACUGACCACAUGACUGCUAAUAGAGCAUGCCUGCUAUCCUUGAAACUGCCAGUUUGUAAUUUCCUAUUUCCCAAAGGCAUCAAGAUCCGUUCCUUUCAUAACUUCUCACCUGUUUCCUAAGGAGACCUGUCCCUUUUUUUGCUUAACAGGUAGUUUUUUCACCUUUAUCAUGCGUUUUCCAGGUAGUUAAAGGAAAAGAUUAAAGGCAGGAUGGGGCAACUGAAGAGAAGGGAGGCUGAAAGAAAAGCUGCACAAAGGGAAUAGAGAAGAAAUGGUGCGGUAAACUUACGGGCAGUUGGCUAUUUAAAUGUAAACAGUGGCCAGGUGGCUUGGACUUCCGUGGGAUCGUCAAAAGCUUGGGACUGUUCACUUCUCAAGCUUAAGAGAGGGAUAGGAUGGAAAAAUCCCACAGAAGUUCCUCUUUUUUUUAGAGGAGACCUUGUGAAUAUUCAACUUCUAAACACCAGAGUUAUGAGUACCUCAAAUGUGCCUGACUGGAGACUGAUACGUCCCUAUGAAAUGUGACAGGUUGCUCUUGGGAGUGGAAUCUUUCUAUUACACAGAACCCAUGUGACCCCCCUGCUUUACGUGUAGGAGGUAUUGGGUAACAGUGUAAUACUAAAUGAAUGAAAGGAGAAACUAUCCACAUCGGAGAUCUUCCAAUAACAGUUGGGUUUUCUGUGAACUAACCACUGCAUGCAAUUAUGACAGGGAAUGUUAUCUGCUUUUUUUUUCUUUUUUUUUCUUUUUUAAGAACACGAAGGUGUAUGCCACAGGGAUGUCUUUCCUGUGAAAAAAAAAAUAUUCUAGUUUUGAUGCCCCAAUUCGUGUGUUCUCCAUGUAAAAGUUUUGACUAGAUUUUAGAAAAUUACAGCUAUCCCUGCUUUCUUACGAGUAGAUAGAAAUGGGAGUAUUCAUAGUUUUCUGUUUAACAUGGGCUCACAGAACAGAGAUCUCAGAGAAUCACAGCUCUUUUCUCUAAGUGUAAGCAGAAGUAUGUAUAAAUACCAACUGUUCUAUCAAAUUUGCAGUAGCAUAAUUGCAAGUGAAGUGUUAGUGUAACAUUAGGCUUUGGAUUGGAAGAAAGUGGAAGCCUGACAACUCACUCCUCCUGCUUCUGCUUGUGCUUUUGGUCAAUGAAGUAAGCUUUCUUCUUCAGUAUUUUGGAGAGGGAUAAUAGCUUUCAUAUAAGCGUGUGUGUCCAAGCUUGUUCCAGUCCUGCUGUGCAGGGAAGACAAGGGCGCUAUAGCAGCUAGUGAGUUACGACUAUAAUACAUGGUACAGACCCAGGAGUACUUGUGAACCAGUGUCAAGGUACUGAAUAGAGCUCAUGUUUACUUGCAACAAACCUGUAUUCAUUCUUUCCUUGCUAAAGCAGAAAGGCUAUCUCCGGGUCACAGCUUUUCCACCUUUCACUGGGUAGAGGUAGGUUGAGUCUGUGGUUUGCAUUCUGUUGAUCUGCAGUUUUUGGCUGUGUAUCCAAAUGCGUACAGUUCUGGAGAGAUGAAAUAGCUACUGCCAUGUGGUGGUUUUACUACUGUGUCAUUCCAGGUGCGCUCUGGGGCUUCCCUGCUGUUUUCAUCCUGGAGUGUGCUGCAUGCUUUUUCCUGCCAAUCCUCUCAGUUCCAGCAGUCUCCUGCCACUGAAGCACUGGAGUAAAUUACUCAGCUUCUGGCAACAGCUUGUCAUGCUGGCUCUUCAAUUGGUGUGGUAACUUUGUUAGCUUUGCCUAAUUAAGAAGAGAGAGAUGUAAAUCCUGCUAAUGCCAUUUACUUGGUAAAAUAAACAUUACAUUGUAAGGGAUAAUUUCUCAGGUGAAUUUUUUGUAUUUUUUCCUUAAAAUUAAAAAAGCCAAUGUCCUUAUGGUUUUCAUGUUCA